AUGGCCGCGGGGGCCGCGGUGCGCAAGGCGGCGUCGGUGCUGGAAGCGCCUCCCCAGCAGGAGCAGAUCUCUCACACCAAGCUUUCUGAGGAUGAUGAAUGGAACCUGCAGCAGGAAAGGAUAUACAGGAUGCACCGGGGCCAUGAAUCCAUGCACGUGGAGAUGAUCUUGAUCUUCCUCUGCGCCCUGGUCGUCGCCCAGAUAGUGCUGGUACAGUGGAGACAGAGGCACGGCAGGUCCUACAAUCUGGUGACAUUGUUGCAGAUGUGGGUCAUCCCUCUGUAUUUCACGAUAAAACUUUACUGGUGGCGGUUUCUAUCUAUGUGGGGAAUGUUCUCAGUCAUUACCAGUUACAUCCUCUUCAGAGCUACCCGGAAACCCCUCUCAGGGAGAACACCAAGGUUGGUCUACAAAUGGUUUCUUCUAAUCUACAAACUCAGCUACGCAUUUGGUGUUGUGGGUUAUUUGGCCAUCAUGUUUACAAUGUGUGGAUUCAAUUUAUUUUUCAAAAUCAAGGCUAGAGAUUCCAUGGACUUUGGCAUUGUAUCCUUGUUCUAUGGCCUCUACUAUGGUGUCAUGGGGAGAGAUUUUGCAGAGAUAUGUUCGGAUUAUAUGGCUUCUACUAUAGGGUUCUACAGCGUCAGUGGGAUGCCCACAAGGAGCUUGUCAGACAAUGUCUGUGCCGUCUGUGGGCAGAAGAUCAUUGUGGAGCUCAAUGAAGAAGGGCUCAUUGAAAACACCUACCAGCUCUCAUGCAAUCAUGUCUUUCACGAAUUCUGCAUCCGAGGUUGGUGUAUAGUUGGUAAAAAACAGACUUGCCCUUACUGCAAAGAGAAGGUUGAUUUGAAGAGGAUGAUCAGUAACCCCUGGGAGCGCACACACUUUUUAUAUGGACAAAUCCUGGACUGGCUUCGUUAUUUGGUGGCUUGGCAGCCUAUGGUGAUUGGAAUAGUUCAAGGCAUUAAUUAUUCACUAGGGCUGGAAUAGCACAGCAGAGUUACUCGAGAAGCAGUGUGUUGCAUGUUGAAAUAUUUUUAAAUCCUCCAUCCUACAUUUAAUAUCAAUAUUCUUGUUUUUAAUUUCAGAGAUGAUCCCAAGAGUUUAGAGAACUGAGCCUUCCAUAAGGCAGUCUGUCUAUGUGGAAAGAAUUUAGAGAGAAGUUGAAUAGGAAAAGUUCAGAAAAAAACAGAAGUAAAACUGAUAAAUCAGUGAAGUACCAGUUGGUAAAAAUUUAUUAUGCACACAUCAAAGAAGAUCGUUUGCAAACCGGGAGCACCCAGACCAAAACAUAGGAUGAGGCUCAGAGCUGUAUGUUAUAAAGCGGCCUAUGUAGUGUGGAAGCAGUGACUGCUUAUUCUUCAUGGUGAUUGGUUAUGAUAUAGAAAUUUUCUUAAAUGAAAGGGAAUUGGUUAGUGAUCACCCCUUUCACUUUUGGGAGAAUAAUUUCAAUGUUGCUUAUGGAGAUAAGUCAGGCAGAGAAGGACAAAUACAUG